AUGCUGAUUUCCACACAGCCCGCCUCCAAUAUCUUGAACUCACCGCGUCUAUCACUAACGGGGGUUUCUUCAACGCGUGUUGAACGACGACUGAACCAUAUCACCAAAGAGAAAAGAAGAAUCCCUGCCCAAUCAUGGGAUAGCCACAUGCAUGUCGUGGAACCUCAGCGGUUCCCAGUCUCAAAGACAGCAGUAUAUCAACCAUCAGUGCACACACUGGCCGAUGCUCUUGCCUUUGAGACAGCUAUCGGUGUGGAGAACCUCGUCCUUGUUCAGCCAUCUAUCUAUGGCACAGACAACUCAUGCUUACUUGCUGCUUUAAUGAGACUCGGUCCAUCCCGAGGCCGUGGCGUGGUUGUAGUUGACCCGACUACCAAGCCAGAAUCCGAAAUUCUGGACGAGUGGCACACCCUCGGAGUUCGUGGUCUACGAGUGAAUCUACAGUCCGUUGGCAAAGUGAUGGAACCAACUGAGUUAGAAGAGACACUAUUUCAACACGCCAAGAUUGCACGCCCUCGGAACUGGAUCAUUGAAAUCUACCUUCCUCUCAAGAUGGUCCCUGUACUCGAGUCUAUCGUCCCUCGUCUCGGCGUUACCGUCUGCGUCGAUCACUUCGGCAGCCCUGAUCUAUCCCUUCCAAAGGGCGAAGACAGCGUUCCAUUCGACCCAUAUACGCUACCCGGUUUCCAGUCCUUGAUCUCUUUAUUACAAGCCGGAAAUACCUAUAUUAAAGUUUCCGCUCCCUACCGACUUACGAAUGACACCGCUCAACACCAAUUAAAGGCCAUGGCCCGCGAGUUCCUAGCAGCUGCCCCGGAUCGAACCAUUUAUGCUACCGACUGGCCUCACACCCGCUUCACUGGCAUUGACAUCAACCCAUUCACAGAGUGGUGCUUGGAUCUUUGCUCGGAUGUGCCAGGAUUGGCAGAGAAAUUGUUUCGGAGAAACACCGAGAGGAUGCUCAGUGUGGAUUCCUGUUGA